AUGAUAGAAGUUUUUGCUCUCUUGUGCUUACUUCAAGCUUUGGACGUACAUACCAGCAUCGAGCUUUACAUUCGUCGUACGAAUGUAUUGAGAGCUCAGCGAUGGCUGGAAACAACAGCGACGCCUACUGCUGUUACACCAACGGCAUCUGUUACUGGCCGCGAGGACGGAAACGUCCUCCGCGGAAAUCUUGUUUGUAACAACCGUUACCUGGCGCUGUUCUUCGGAGCAGCGAUUAUGCUUUUAUUACUCGGCUGGCUGACCUUCUCUUACUUGAAGAGGAGAUCACCAUUAUCCUUUUGGCUGAAUUCUAACCACCAGACGGACGACGAGGGCGAAGUGUCUGCCUUAGAUGACUCCCGCGUUAGGGAGAUUGUAGAUCUUGAGGCGACACAUUCAACGGAUACUCAAGCGUUCGAAGAUGAUGAAGAAGAAGAAUGUUCUUCACAAAUGUCCACGAUGGAAGACGAUGAAGAUAACUCCGAGGAGGAGGAGGAGGAGGGGGAGACAGCAUUCGACGACGAAGAUCAUGAAGAGGAGGAGGAGGAGGAGGAGGAGGAGGAGGAGAUGGAAUCAGAUGACGAAGAUCAUGAAGAUGAGGAGGAGGAGGAGGAAACGGCAUCCGACGACGACAAAGAUAAUAAGGAGCAGGAAGAGGAGAAGGAGAAGGCCUUAGACGACGAAGACUACGAAGAACCAGAGGACGAAGAUGGCCACAACGAGUUCUUAGCAAUUCUGGGCCAGUUCAUCAACGAUCCCAGCUCCCCCGUCGAAUUCCCAAGGCUAUCACCCCUGCUGCGUGAUCCCAGGAAGAAUUACGUUUACAAGGCAGUCCUCACGAUGCGUGAGAAGCUGGAUAGACUGGCCAGGCAGAAUGAAUUGCUUGAGAAGGAACGAAAGGACCAUCUGAAUUUGACUCAGGAAUCGCAAGUCCCAGAUGAGAAGGAAUGGCAAAUCAACCAAUCGAAAGAUGAGGUAGGAGAGAUUAAUAAGAAAGAUAUAGAAAAGACGAACGAUAAUGAUCAGCUUUUAAUUGAAAAAACUGUCCACACUCCGAGGGACAAAGUCGGAUGUGUAGAGAAAGACAGUGAGAACAUGGUUGAAAAAUCCCAAGAACAGGGUUCUUCUGAUGCCGCUGAACUGCAGCGGAUCAUAGAUAAACAAGCUGAUCAAAUCCAACGUCUGAGGAAGAAGGUCCUGGAGAUGGAAGAGGAGAGACGACAGCGUGAGGCCGAUUUCCAGAGUUGGGAAAGAACAGCCUACACGGUCGGGAAGGAGAACUCGGGGUUGAAGCGCAUCUUGGAGGACCUCAGUCGAAAAAACGGACUUCUCGAAGAAUGUAAUAAGGACCUGAAAGAAGAAGUCAAAGAGCUCAGGAGGAGAAUAGACGAAAACAGAAUGAACGAAAUGAAGAAGGAAAAAGAGAUCAGGUCCACUGCAGAGGAAAUUAAGAAUAUCAGGAGACAGCUUACUGAAGAAUUGACAGUCUGUAAUCAGAUAAGGAAUGAAAAGGAGUCGAUGGCCCUCCACAUUAAAAAACUUGAACGCGAGAAUGCAGAUUAUAUGAAAGACGUGGCCUAUUUUAAGGAAUGGUUUGAAAAGGACUACACAAAUCAUUGUGAAGAUGUAGAAGAUUGCCUAGAAAAGUUCUUAGAGGCUUCAGACAGGCAUCAGUUGCUCCUGAAGGAGAAAUUACAACUGAUGAGAAAUGCAAGAGACUCCGACGAAGUGGAAGUUAACGGAUGGCGAGUCUCCCCAAACUCGUCAGACUGA